AUGGACGACUUUUCCGGGGAACUCGAGGCCACGCGUCGUGCGACAGCGACAACAAUUCUCGAGUCCAAGCACAAAGACAUGCCCACGUCCUUCAUGUACACCGAGCACCGCAUCGACCUGGCCCAUCCCGUGGUACCGGAGCCGUCCGCGGAGUUCCUGGCCGGCCAACGCGACGGGUUUCUUUAUAUCGUCGACGAGCGCACAGGCCUGCCCAUCCUCGACCACGAGCACUACCCGCUUGUGGUCCCGCAUCCUGAGCCCGACGACCGCGAAAAAUUCAUCUGCAGCCUUCUGGGUCCGUGCAACUGCGGCAUCAAGUUCAUGAAGGCGGCCAAAGCGGUGGCGACGGUCGUGCCAGCACUUGGUGCGGCGGUUCCGAUCUUGGAGUCAGCACUGAAUGGCCUCAAGGCGGUAGUGAUGGGCGCGUUCUACACCGAGGACGUGCUCAGCCGUACUUUUGAAGAAAUUGUGCGAGCGGGAGACCCCGAUGGCAACUAUGCCGGCGUCGUGCAGCACGCGCGCGACGACGGCUCAGUCUUCUGGGCGCAGCCACUCGACGUCCAAGCGACGCCCACCACCAACGAGCCCGCGGCGCCCGGUGCCAACGACGCCUGA